AUGGACAAUGUGUGUUCUUGUUGCGUUGGAUGGGACGACAAGAAGAAGCAAGAACAAGAGGGGAAAAUGACCUUCGAUGUCGACGAUCAUCAGGAGCAGGGGGGUUUCACCCAUCAGAGAAAUCCAUCUCAGAUUGCCCCUGUCCUUGCCACAGCCUUAUUGUUUCAACCAUUCCCUCCGGUCCGACACGCCAAGAGGCUGGUUCGUCCGGAGUCUGAAGUCCAUGUUGAAGUAUCAUCAAACAGACACCAGCCCCCACCCAUUCCCGAAGCCUCGCACGAGGAAGAUGACGAGUUCAAGGUUCAGAUGCGUUGA